AUGAAUGGAAAGAACGAAGAACAAGAAAUCAUUAGGAAAAGGAAGCAAAAUCAACAACUACAGCAAGAAGAAGACGAUAAUCUUGAAUUAAAAUUGUCUUGCAGUCCAACGCCGUCAUCCACGGCGCCGGCGCCGGUUCCGGUGCCCCAUCAGGAAGAAACACUACAAACGGUGUUCGAGCUAUCGCCAAUGGAAACACUGCUUUACGAAUCACCAACUUCGCGCCCUCUUCAGUUAUCCGCCAACCAUUCUCUUUACAACGCUGCUUUCGCUGAUCCUGAAGCGGCGUCUUCAGUUAUGUACCCACCACAGGAGCUUGCUCUUUCGUCGUCUCCGGUGAAUUUUCAGGGAAGUGGUGCCGUCAGCGGCGGAGUCCCUCCACGAACUUUACGUGUUCGGAGGAACCCAACAAAAACUCUACGAGAAGGUAAAAGCGAGACGGUUGAAACUCCGUAUCCAUGGGCAACGAACUACCGAGCCACGGUUCAUAGCCUUCAAUAUUUUUCGUCGAAAGGGAUCUGUACCAUCACCGGUGACGUUCAGUGCAAGCGGUGCGAGAGACAGUACAAGAUCAGCUACGGUUUGAAGGAGAAGUUCAAUGAAAUCGUCACUUACAUAGCGCGGAACAAGAGCUCCAUGCACGAUCGAGCACCAUCUGUUUGGCGUAAUCCCCUGCUGCCCAAAUGCAAGUUUUGCGACCAAGAGAACAGUGCGAAGCCAGUGAUUGCCUUGAAGAAGAAAGCCAUCAAUUGGCUGUUUUUGCUGCUCGGACAAAUGAUCGGUUGCUGCACCCUCGAUCAGUUGAAAUAUUUCUGCAAACACACCAAGAAUCAUCGCACUGGUGCCAAAGAUCGCGUUCUUUACCUCACUUAUCUUACUCUUUGCAAGCAACUAGAUCCUACUGGCCCUUUCGAUAGAGAAUCUUGAUGGAAAUCCAG